GCGGUAAUCUUGUCUUCUGCAGGUCGCUGCGAGCCCAAAGGCGCUCUGACCGGCAGCAACGCUGGAAUCACCAGCAUCGAGUUCGACAGCGCUGGCUCGUACCUGCUGGCGGCCUCCAAUGACUUUGCCAGUCGGAUCUGGACCGUAGACGACUACAGACUGAGGCAUACGUUGACAGGUCACAGUGGGAAGGUGCUGUCUGCUCGCUUCCUAUUGGACAACGCUCGAAUCGUCUCCGGCAGCUACGACCGAACGCUCAAACUCUGGGACCUGCGCAGCAAAGUCUGUAUGAAGACGGUGUUUGCCGGCUCCAGCUGUAACGACAUCGUCUGCACUGAGCUUGUGAUGAGUGGACACUUUGACAAGAAGGUCCGUUCUGGGACAUCAGACCAGGAGAAGAUGAUCAGAGAUGCAGCCAAGAGGCCCAUGAUCCCUCUGGAGGAACUGCAGAGACCUCCAGCUGAGGGGGGACAGUCUGUCCAGAGGACAACAAUCAGUCGGACACUGCACAAAUCUGGCCUUCAUGGGAAGGGCAAGAAGAAAACCAUUUCUCAAAGAUCUCCAGAAAAG